AUGGCAAAGGAAGAGAUAGAUAUUUUUACAGAAGCAUUGCAAUUUCUUCCAGAAAGAACCAAGAAAGUAUUAGCCGCUAAGCCACUUCCCCGGAAUCGAGAGGAGCUGCAAAACCGACUGGGAGAAUGCGACGAGGGUUUCAAGAACCACUCUCGGACGUCAAAGUUCUGGAGCAUCCUGGACAGGAUAUUGGCGCCAUUUGAAGUUACAGGGAAGAUUCUCAAUGCUGUUAUGGCUGCAACUCCGUUCGCUCCUGCGUCUUUGAUCUUGGGAUCAUGUCUGCACCUGAUGGAGACGGCGCGGAAGUUUUCGGCGUCGUAUCAAAGUAUUCAGGAGUUCCUUAACCGGAUCGCUGGAACGCUUGAUCGGAUGGCCAUCCACCAGGAGGCGCGUAUAGAUGCGCCGUUGCGCAGAAUUCUCGUUCAGGCAAUUGCGCUUGUUAGCGAAGUCCUAGUAGAAGCGUCAGAGCAGCUGGGAAAAGGACGAAAGUAUAAAUGGAGCAAAGAGUUUUUGACGCGACUUUUUUUCGGCGACUCUUCGAAAAUCGAGGAAAAGAUGGCCAGCCUACAUGAACUGGCGGAAGCCGAGGCCAUGAUGUGUCUUUCAAUCAUACGGCGAGAUACAACUAUGUUCCGUGACGAACUGAAGCAGUUGAGUACGGCUGUUAGGAGGAUUGAGCACAGAGGCGACCAAGGUCGCUUCGAAGAGAUUUUCGAUCUCGAUACCUGGAACGCAAUGCACAAUAUCCACGACGAGAUUGUGAAAGAGAGACAGGCAGGUGUGAAUGCGAUGUGGAUAACGCGCGAGGACAUCGUUGCACGCUGGAUGGAAGGGAAGGGCCCCAAAAUGAUUUGGAUCCACGGGGAGCCAGCUAUGGGCAAAACAUUCCUUGCCUCUCGGUUGAUAAGUGAACAUAUAAGGAGAAAGGGCCUCGUGGCUUAUUUUUAUGUUCGGGCGUCUGACACCUCAGGUAACCUGGCGACAACCAUAUUCAAGUGUCUAGCCUUGCAACUCAGCAAGAAAAGCCAAAAAUUCCAAAAAGCCGCCGCCAAGGCACUGGAAAAUCCUGAAUGGAUUAGGAAUGAGAAAGAAAUAUGGAGCAAAAUCUUUCUCCCCUUUCUCAAGGAGAACACCACGUGUCGUGUUUUUAUCGUAAUUGACGGGUUGGACGCUGUCUCUGCUGAGGAGCAGAAGAAGGUUGUAGCGCCCUGGAUGGACUUGCGGCGCUCUUCCUCGAGCAAGUGGCAAAUUAACAUUGCAAUUGUUAGCAGGUUCGAAGUCCACAGAACGGUCCAAGACGCCUGUCCAGCUGGAGCACAGCUGCGCGUGUCGAGUGCCAGAGUCAAGUCCGACAUAGACCAGUAUAUCGAGCGAAAAUUCAACCGGAACUUUCCUCUUCUGCAACCUAACGACAGGGCACUGGCAAUUGGAACAUUACAGAAAGAAGCCAAUGGCGUGUUUCUAUGGGUCCGUCUCGUCAUUGAACAUAUCGAAGGCUGGGAAAGCGGACAAGAAAUACUACACUUCCUGGAGCAUGGUUACCCGAAGAACAAGGCAGAUCACAUAGGAUCGAUUUUGGCCGGUGCCAUGAAAAAAGAUCACGAUGAGAGCCAAUUUAAGGAUAUUCUACGCUGGGUAGCAUGCUCACGCCGUCCGCUUACAGACAAUGAAUUGCAAUUCCUACACACAACCAAGACCUCGCAUGGCCGGCUGGAAGUGGUUGCGGGAGGUCCCGGAGAUGUUGAAAAGCGGUUUAAGCAACUGCUUACCUUCAAGUCUAGUCGUUGUUUCUCAGAAUCCCCGAGCAGGGUUGUCAAUUUCAAGCAUCGCUGUUUCAAAGACGACCUCCUGUAUGGCCCUGGGAGGGGCAUACAUCGGUUCACCGCAAGCGAGGCCCAUUCAUCGAUUCUGAAAACAUGUCUUCUUUGUUUGCAUGACACUAAUGACAACGUUGACACACGCCCUGGAGCCCUGGACAUGAUUAGUUAUGCAGCGUCUCACGUCAUAGACCAUUUUAUGGAAAUCGAGGAAGAUGGAUUAGGAUAUCAGGCAAAGUCGCAACUGCUUGAGCUUAUACGACAACCGGCUACCAUUGCCCGCUGGUACAGUGCCAUGGACAAGAAACAGAGACUGAGGCUCAUCUCAACUUUGCUUGAGGUCCCUAGAACGAGUCGCAAAUUGAUGGAAUGGCUACCCGGAUCGUAUGAAUCUCUUCAAGAUUUUUACCAACCGUUUGCAUUCAGUUGCGCGGAGAGCUGGCUUCAGACCGGGUCCAUGGACACCGAAUUCUGCGUUCUGUUUCUCGAUCGAUACAAUAAGCUAGGCGAGAAACAAUUGGGCAUGACUUCUCCCAGCGACAUCCACAUUCCCCGCAUCUGCGAUUUGAGGAAAAAGAGAAUCCUCGAGCUGGCGCAAUUUGGCAACUUCAAAAAGGAUGCAAAUUGGCACGUGAGAGUAGCCAGUGCCCUUUGCGAAGCAAACCAUCUCAAAGCUGCGAUAGAUAUGUAUCACAAAGCCGAAGAGGGAGAAUAUGACCAGUGGGUGAUCAAAAGCGGCAUUGCCAUGGCAUAUGCUGCACAAGGCCACUAUGAGAAAGCGGUGGACCAGGUAAAAAUAUCACUCCUAUGUAAGCCAAGACCGGACAAUGUUUCUGAGAGCAAUAUCUAUCUGAACUUGAGCAUCUGGCACGGGAAAUGUGGAGAGAGGAUGGCUCAGACCGACGCCGCGCAAAAAGCAUACGAUCUUGACAGUGGAAGUUUCCAGAAGCUAGCCCACUUGUUCUGUGUUCUCGGACGGAGGUCGAAAUUCGGUCGACUAUUCAAACUUUGCAAGAGCUUAUCUAGUUCAGAGACUCAGUCUGCGGACGAAGAUCGCUUGGUCCACCUGCUCCUUGGUUGGGAAGAAGGCCAUGCUUUAUUCAGUCGGGCUGCUGUCGAUGGGAGAGACAACAAAAAUAUUCAAUUUGCUGAGCACAUUUUCAAGAGGACGAUCGAUGUCGCACGAAACAACGGAGAUACAGAAGGGGCUGUAUUCGAGGAGUAUUUGCGUGGAAAUUUCUACUGGCAGUACGUCAACGAUGCGGGACAGGCUUGCAAUAUUUGGAAAAACAUGGGAGCUGAAUCUCAGGAGGAUCCCGACAUACAACUGUAUGUUGAACAGCUCCAAUGCAGGGCGCUGGGCGAGCUAUACCUGAGAAUGGCAUUGAGUUCAGAGUCAACUCCCCAGGCUAAACAGCCAGACUGGAUCUCGAAACUUGAAAGUCUGGUAGUCGGGUCUCCAGGACGGCCAAGCGCACAGGAAGACACUGACUACCGUGCGGACGCUGCAGUCAUGCUCGGGUACUGGAAACGCAAGCAUGGGGGAGAGAAUACGUCCCGAGAGCUUUUCAGGGCAACUAUCUGCCAGGGUAUUCGAAUUCUCGAAGACCAGGAUCCCUGGAAUGAUAAAGAGGGUUAUAUCAUCCUCGGUAGGGCUCUUGUACGAGCAGGGUAUCCAGACGAAGGCCGAAGAGCGUUUGCAACGGCGGUAAUGUCUCCAAUUCGACCCAACCUUAGCACCGUGCAGCGCGCCAAAGGAGAGACCCUCAACACCUAUGGUGCUAUCCUUGCAUGUUGUGGAGGAUCCGGCUGCAAAGAGAAGGACUGGGACAAAAUCUACAUGUGUCAAGUAUGUCAGGAAGUGGCCUUAUGUGGAAGGUGUCUGAAGAAGCUGCGACAUGACAAACUCCAAUUUACAUGCGAUAAAGCUCACAUAGUGUCUCCGGUAUAUGACAAGGACACGAGUCUGGCUAAGCCUAUAACGGAUCUCCCAGAGUGGUUGAACAAGCAGAAGAAACAAUGGGAGAUUGACGACACCACCAAGGCGGCAAUCCCCUUGCCAACUCCAAGGAUUGUGAUAAAUUGCCAACGAAGACUUCAGAUCUGCCCUAGGGGUUGA